AUGUUUGCGCUCAUCGCUUUGCGCACGAGCGUUUUGCACACGAUAGAUAAGUCGCGUGUAUUUAAACUGUCGGUACUUAUCAAUUGUUUUAGUACUUAUCGUCGUGUCGAACUGUGUUUUAAUAGCAUCGCAACAAUCUGCAAGUCGAACCGUUCAAUAAAAAGAUGGCCUGCAAAACGAAUAUUUGUAAGCGUUUAACAAGUGAAGAGGAUCAACGUAAGCAAUGUAAUAUCAAGGUAUGCAAUGAUUGCUCAUGUACCCCUGCUCAGUCUAAAGAACUGAAAUGUGACAAAUCUGGUUGCAUUUGUGUACCGACUGAAGGAAAGCCAUGCGUUUGCAUUUGUAAGGAAGAUGGAAAGCUCCUUCGCUGUGACGACUGCAAGUGUGAUGAAACUGGCAAAUGUGAUAAACCGGAAUGUCUCUGUAUACCGACUGAAGGAAAACCUUGUAUUUGCCUGUGUAGCGAUGACAAAGGUAAUAUAAAGGUAUGCGAUGAUUGCUCAUGUACUCCUGCUCAGUCUAAAGAACUGAAAUGUGACAAAUCUGGUUGCAUUUGUGUACCAACUGAAGGAAAGUCAUGCAUUUGCAUUUGUAAGGAAGAUGGAAAGCUCCUUCGCUGUGACGACUGCAAGUGUGAUGAAAAUGGCAAAUGUGAUAAACCGGAAUGUCUCUGUAUACCGACUGAAGGAAAACCUUGUAUUUGCCUGUGUAGCGAUGACAAAGGUAAUAUAAAGGUAUGCGAUGAUUGCUCAUGUACUCCUGCUCAGUCUAAAGAACUGAAAUGUGACAAAUCUGGUUGCAUUUGUGUACCAACUGAAGGAAAGUCAUGCAUUUGCGUUUGCAAGAAAGAUGGGAAAUUCGUUCGCUGUGACGACUGCAAAUGUGAUGAAAAUGGCAAAUGUGAUAAACCGGAAUGUCUGUGUAUACCGACUGAAGGAAAACCUUGUAUUUGCCUGUGUAGCGAUGACAAAGGUAAUAUAAAGGUAUGCGAUGAUUGCUCAUGUACUCCUGCUCAGUCUAAAGAACUGCAAUGUGACAAAUCUGGUUGCGUUUGUGUGCCGACUGAAGGAAAGUCAUGCAUUUGCAUUUGUAAGAAAGAUGGAAAACUCCUUCGUUGUGACGACUGCAAGUGUGAUGUGAAUGACAAAUGUGAUAAACCGGAAUGUCUCUGUAUACCGACUGAAGGAAAACCUUGUAUUUGUCUGUGUAGCGAUGACAAAGCUAAUAUAAAGGUAUGCGAUGAUUGCUCAUGUACCCCUGCUCAGUCUAAAGAACUGAAAUGUGACAAAUCUGGUUGCAUUUGUGUACCGACGGAAGGAAAGUCAUGCAUUUGCAUUUGUAAGAAAGAUGGAAAGCUCCUUCGCUGUGACGACUGCAAGUGUGAUGAAAAUGGCAAAUGUGAUAAACCGGAAUGUCUCUGUAUACCGACUGAAGGAAAACCUUGUAUUUGCCUGCGAAGCGAUGACAAAGGUAAUAUAAAGGUAUGCGAUGAUUGUUCUUGUGCCCCUGGUCAGUCUAAAGAACUGAAAUGUGACAAAUCUGGUUGCAUUUGUGUACCGACUGAAGAAAAAUCUUAUUCUUAAUUAUCCAGCGAUCAUAAAGGUACCGGGUAAUCAGAUGAUGGGAAAUUGUCGAAAACCAUAGUGCUACCAUGAUCUGUAAUUUCGGUUAUUUUGUUCUAUCAUCGUAUAUUUUAUUCAAUAAACAAUACUUUUUAUCUAA